AGGCAAGUGCGGGGCGGACGCGGCGGGUGCGGGCGCGGCCGGAAGAGAGCGGGGCGCGGGGUGCGCGGUGCCCGGCGCGUGCUGGGGUCCCCGGCGCCUCCCGCCACCGCACCCCGUGAGGCCCGGCCGGAGCACUCUCCGCGGAGCCCGGAGGCGGGGCGCGCGUGCCCGGCGCCGCGAUGGGCCCGGGACCCCCGGCGGCAGGAGCGGCGCCGUCCCCGCGGCCGCUGUCCCUGGUGGCGCGGCUGAGCUACGCCGUGGGCCACUUCCUCAACGACCUGUGCGCCUCCAUGUGGUUCACCUACCUGCUGCUCUACCUGCACUCGGUGCGCGCCUACAGCUCGCGCGGCGCGGGGCUGCUGCUGCUGCUGGGCCAGGUGGCCGACGGGCUGUGCACGCCCCUCGUGGGCUACGAGGCCGACCGCGCCGCCGGCUGCUGCGCCCGCUACGGCCCACGCAAGGCCUGGCACCUGGUCGGCACCGUCUGUGUCCUGCUGUCCUUCCCCUUCAUCUUCAGCCCCUGCCUGGGCUGUGGGGCCGCCACGCCCGAGUGGGCCGCGCUCCUGUACUACGGCCCGUUCAUCGUGAUCUUCCAGUUUGGCUGGGCCUCCACGCAGAUCUCCCACCUCAGCCUCAUCCCAGAGCUCGUCACCAACGACCACGAGAAGGUGGAACUCACAGCACUCAGGUAUGCAUUCACCGUGGUGGCCAACAUCACUGUCUACGGUGCUGCCUGGCUCCUGCUGCACCUGCAGGGCUCGUCGAGGGUGGGGCCCACCCAGGACAUCAGCAUCAGUGACCAGCUGGGGGGCCAGGACGUGCCCGUGUUCCAGAAUCUGUCCCUGAUGGUGGUGGGUGUUGGUGCCGUGUUCUCACUGCUGUUCCACCUGGGCACCCGGGAGAGGCGCCGGCCGCGUGAGGAGGAGCCGGGCGAGCACAGCCCCCUGUUGGCCCCCGCGGUUGCCCAGCCCCUGCUGCUCUGGAAGCACUGGCUCCGGGAGCCGGCUUUCUACCAGGCGGGCAUGCUGUACAUGACCACCAGGCUCAUCGUCAACCUGUCUCAGACCUAUAUGGCCAUGUACCUCACCUACUCUCUCAACCUGCCCAAGAAGUUCAUCGCGACGAUCCCCCUUGUGAUGUACCUCAGCGGCUUCUUCUCAUCUUUCCUUAUGAAGCCCAUCAACAAGUGCAUCGGGAGGAACAUGACCUACUUCUUGGGCCUCCUGGUGAUCCUGGCCUUUGCUGCCUGGGUGGCGCUCGCGGAGGGGCUGGGUGUGGCCGUGUACGCAGCAGCUGUGCUGCUGGGUGCUGGCUGUGCCACCAUCCUCGUCACCUCGCUGGCCAUGACGGCCGACCUCAUUGGUUCCCACACGAACAGCGGCGCGUUUGUGUAUGGCUCCAUGAGCUUCUCCGAUAAGGUGGCCAACGGGCUGGCGGUCAUGGCCAUCCAGAGCCUACAUCCCUGUCCCUCGGAGCUCUGCUGCAGGGCCUGCGUGACCUUCUACCACUGGGUGAUGGUGGCUGUGACUGGCGGCGUGGGCGUGGCUGCCGCACUGUGUCUCUGCAGCCUCCUGCUGUGGCCCAUCCGUCUGCGACGCUGGGACCCAGAAACCCAGCCCUGAGUGCUGACGCCUCCUGCACCUGUGCAAGGGAAAUGUGGGGACCCACGAGGAUGCUGCCAGCGCCUAGGGGCUAAGCCCCCCCCACCGGCUCCGGGGAUGGGAGUCAGGGUAAAGGCGGCGGGAAUGAAUCCAGAGGUUUGCAAGGAUCCCUGGGCUUUUAGGUUGCCCCAUUCUCAACUCUCAGUCCUCUGGAGGACUUGGGGUGCCCCUCUCAGCAGGAAGUAGGAACCCCAGAGGGGUCUGGGGGAACCCUAACCCCAGCACAGUUCACCCCUCACCUCUGGCCUGGGGAUGGCAGGAGCCCCAGCCAUGGGGUGGUGGGCUGGGCCUGGACCCCGCCAUGGUGGGCAGCGGGACUGCCCGGUGGGCUUGGACUCUGCUGGCAGCAAAUAAAGACAUGAAGGCA